UGAGGCGCCGCCGCACUGGUCGGGUUUUGAAUUGUACCUUCUUGUUCAACAGACUCAUUCGCUUUUUAAAGCAUCUUUGUUCUGCUCCCUUUUUGAAAUGCCUAAAUCACGAUCCACAGAAGAGCUUGAACAAUUAGCCAACAUCACAGUUGAUCAUAACAUUCCAGUCAAACUGUACUUCCGCUCUGCAGAGUUAUUACUUAAGCAAGCCCGAGUAUAUAAACUUGAAAAUGACUUGGAACAUGCAUAUAUUCUUUAUAUGAAAUAUACAAACUUAGGUGUUAACGAGCUACCGAAACAUCCGGGAUAUAAGAAACCUGAAAAUAAGAAAAAUAUUAGGGCCUUGAAUAAAAACUGCCUGGAAGCGCUAGAGGCUUUAGAAAGCAUAAAGCCUAAACUAAAUGAGGCCUAUAAUAGAUACCAUUACCAACAAUAUCAAGCAGCUGAACUAGAGAGCGUGCGAGAAAAGCCAUCAAGGGAUGAAGAUCAAGCGAAUAUACCAGCUGGGCAUGAAUUGGAUGGGCAAACAAUAGACCGACUGGAUGAUUCACUCAAAGAAUGGAGUCUUCAGGACGCGUUAAAAGGUGUUGCAGGUGUAGGAUACAAUGAACCAUCCGUGAGUGAUCAUAGCCAUGCCACAUAUAGACCUUAUGGAACAACAGAAUACCCCAGCCUAUCUAUUCAUAAUCAAAGUGACAACUUCAGUUAUCAGGCACCACAGCCCAGCUACCGACCAAUGUCCGUCCAUUCCGUUCCGCCAACGCCACCUCCCAAGAUACUGCCUCAACGUCAACAGCAUCCCGCCAUACCACCAAAGGUGCCGAUCGCUUCUGAAAAAAUAACACCAGCAUUACCACCAAAGAUAAAGCUCAAUUCCGGACCAACCGUGGAUGCUUCCUCAGAAAGAGGUGAACCCCUCCGUCGACUGAUCUUACCAAAACGCUUACAGACUAGAUUUUUAUCAAUCGCAGAACCCAACACUCGUAAAAAGAUUGAAACGUGUGGAAUACUCGCUGGAAAACUGAAAAACAAUGUCUUGAAAAUCACUACAUUGAUUAUACCAAAGCAGAUAGGUACAUCAGACACAUGUACUACUGAGAAUGAAGAAGAACUAUUUGACGUUCAGGAUAAAUAUGAUCUUCUCACUUUUGGCUGGAUUCAUACACAUCCAACACAGUCUUGUUUUUUAAGUUCAGUUGAUUUGCACACACAUUGCUCUUAUCAGCUUAUGUUACCUGAAGCGAUAGCCAUUGUUUGUUCACCUUCCCAGGAACCAGAUUUUGGAAUCUUUAGGUUAACUGAUCCACCUGGACUAGAUAUCAUCAGUAAUUGCAAGAGACAGCCUGCCUUUCACCCUCAUCCUGAUUUGCCUAUUUAUACUAAUGUUAUGGAUGAUGGACAUGUUAGAACACUGGAUUAUGACUUUGAUAUCCUAGAUUUGCGGAAAUAACUUUAUCUAUGAAUAAAGACCUACAGCAAUUGGAUCUGCAUAUAAUGUACUGUUAAAAUACACUGCUUACUUUUAUGAAUUCUACGAGAUGUUUAGAAAACAUGAAUCUCAAGUCUAGGACUAACGUCAAGCUCGCAACUAUCUCUCUGAUCAAUACUACCAUAGUUGUAUGUCACAGUUUGGAUAGGAUAUAUUUUUAUAUAAAAGCGAGACAUCUUUAUUCAUCAACUAUAAUCACAUCUUUCCUUUUACAAGUGAUAAUACUAAUGUCUUGGAAUUGUCUCCCAUUACAAAUGAUUCAAUAUGUUCUCUCAUUGAUUGAUUAAAGUGUUAAAAGCGCUGGUAUCUCUUUUUCGUUUAUGUCGUAAACUACAAAGCUUACCACCGCGUAUUAACAAGAUCACAGACAGAUGAAGAUAUGUAAGAUUAAAACUGAG